AUGACUAACAUAGUCGGUACCUGCGGAGUGUGCGAAAAACAACCUCAGAGAUACAAAUGUACUACUUGCACCUUGUCAUGCUAUAAUGAACAUAAAGUAACACCAUGUCGGAAAUUUGAGAAAAAGCCACCUAAAUUACCUGUGUACCCUCGCAAAGUAAAAAGCAGUGCUGAGGAAGAGGAAGAGGAGAAUGAUCGUCUAAAGCCAGAGCAAUUGGAAAAAUUAGAACAAUCAGCCAAAAUUCGCGAAUUCCUUAAGGACGAUAAACUUCGCGCAAUUUUGAUCAAUGUUGAUAACUUUUCAAAUAGUUAUGAUCCAGAAAGAAUGCUAGUAAAUGCAUUACAAAACGAUGAAAUAUUUUACAAGUUUGCGGAGACAAUCUUGGAUGCUUAA